AUGCGUCGUAGCGUCCUUGAUUUCAAGGAAGGCCACGGCAGAUCAAGAAACGACAGAUCAUCCACGAAAUUUGGUUUAUUAAUAGAACUAGAAGUGGCGCUGCAGUUGCUAAGUUUCUUCAAGAACGUCUGCUCUCAGGCAAGCGUCUGCUCUCAGGCAAGCGUCUGCUCUCAGGCAAGCAUCUGCUCUCAGGCAAGCAUCUGCUCUCAGACGUGCUCUGCUCUGAGACGUGCUUUGCUCUCAGACGUGCUCUGCUCUCAGACGUGCUCUGCGCUCAGACGUGCUCUGCUCUCAGACGUGCUCUGCUCUCAGCCGUGCUUUGCUCUCAAACGUGCUCUGCUUUCGUUCCAGAAGGACUCGGGUGCGGAGAAUUAGUAUUUUGUGAGCGUCAACAUCAACUGUCGUGCUUCCAAAAUAGAUCGAUGGCUAGAGGGGCAUCGCAAACGACUAGGCAUCGAGGCGUGCCAAGUGGAUAGAAGAAGCGUAACCCACCAUAGUAUGCCUAGUAUGUUUUUUGAAAGAAGAGGCCAGAAGGAUCUAAUCACUUCUAGUCUUUCCUUUUAGUUUUUUUUUAAGAAGAAGCAGCUGCUGGGUGCGUCUCCGUCGUCUCUACUAAGGAGGCGCGUUCGGCCGUCGUUCCAGAAGGAAUUUGAAAUCGUAUGAGGAGAAAUACGUCCUUUUUUUUUUACCUCGUUGAAAGAAACAAAUGAUAACGACGGACGAGGAGGGCACGACAACAGAUAGUAUUUUUUUAAAAGGCCAGGGCUACGGAAACGGAUGAAAUUCGCGCAAUGCGGUAAAUAUUCAUCUGACCUGAUUACCGCUUUUUUAGCCUAGUAAGAAUAUGACAAGAAAAACA